ACGCUGGAAAAGCCGGAAGAACUGCAAAGCUGGAGUUUAGUUGCGACAAAGUGAUUGGGCGUUAAAGUGUAGCAAAUUUUAUGCAGUUCGCUCGGGUCUGAUUAAGUUGAACUAACUCUUCAUCAUGGUCAUCACCAUUUAUUACACUAGCAUCACUGCAACAUCGGCGUUAGAAAGUCACCAGUCAAGAAUUAUUAACUGCUUGGUGAGCUUGAAUAUACACUACGAGUUGAUUGAUCUAUCAACAGGUCAAGGUUUGCUGGAUGAAAUGAGACAAAAGGUGGGGGAUCCGAAAGCUAUGGCCCCCCAAAUAUUUAAUGGAGACCAGUACUGUGGGGGUUUUGAAGACUUUGAAAAGGCUGUGGAAGAAAAGAAGAUAAAAGAGUUCUUCAAGCUGGAAACCUGUCAAAAUCAAUCACAAAAGGAUUAAUCCACGGAAACCAAGAUGCACAUACAAGUUUAAUGUUUUAAUUCUUGUAUAUGGAGUGCUUUUAAUCAUAGUUACUAAUUUUCCUGAGGUAUAACAUGAGCUCCUACAGCACCAGAAGAAAUUUUCUCUUAUGCAAAUUGUGAGCAUUCCUCUUGUUAAUUUUGUUGAAACUUUCCUGCAUGUAUUGCUCAUUGAACACAGCAGCGUAUCUUUUAUAAAAUUAUAAAAUGUAUGAAAUCCAAAUAAAAAAUAAAUUCUGCUUCAAA